GAGCUGUUGUCAAUAUGUAUGACACUUGAAUGGUCUUAGUUUGCAAAUAGAUGAUAAGAAACCAGUGCUUAAAAUUCAUUGCACCCCAACUUAUAUCUUCACACUUAGCUCUUCAUUUUAUCCCACCCUUCCUCACUUUUUUCAAAACCCAGUGGUUAAUAAUAAGCAAUGGCUGCAACUUUAUCUGGUAUUAGCCUUUCGACUCCAGGAUUCUUGGCCAAGGCCAUAGAAGCACCAACCGUCAAGUCCCCGUGGCUGAAACUCAGCCAGCCAUGGAAAAAAUCCACUCAGUUUAGUGCAGGCCGGAUGAUACUGAGACCCGUGGCAGCAAAACCUGCAGACCUGUCUGACAAGGUGGCUGAGAGCAUCAAGGAAGCAGAGGAGGCUUGUGCAGGGGACCCUGUGAGCGGAGAAUGUGUAGCUGCGUGGGACGAGGUUGAGGAGUUGAGCGCAGCAGCUAGCCAUGCCAAGGACAAGAAGAAAGACAGUGACCCCUUGGAGGAGUACUGCAAGGAAAACCCUGAGACUCAGGAGUGCCGCACUUAUGAUGAUUGAUUUUACGGAGCUGUCCAAUCUGUGGAAGCAUAUAUAUCCUGGUGCCAACUUUUUAUAAGAAUCUGAUUAUCAUUAGAUGCUUUGAGUGAAUUUUUAUCUAUGUUAGUCGUUGUUGGUGUUUGGGUUUAUGAAUCAUAGCCUGGCUUGUAAAUCUGAAAUUUACACGGAUAUACUUGAAAGCCUACAUACUGUAUGAAAUCAGUAGUAAUAUUUACUCACUAUUAUAAAUAUACAUGGAGUAUCAUUCUUGAUUCA